AUGCCUCUCAAGCGCAAAGCUUCCUUCUCCGCCCUCCCGCCUAGCCUGGCGAUGCCCACGCCCAGCGGAUGGGGCAUGUCCGAUAGCUCCAAGGACCUUCCCAGCCGGACCCGAAAGCGCUUCCGGAACGGCCGCCCAGACGACGACGUGGUAUUCGAGAAAACCCUCCGUUGGAUCUUCUCCGCCCAAAAUCAACAGCAGCAACAGCCCAUCACUCCAAUGGACACGACAGACGAUGCCAUGAUGGAUGCAGAGCCUAGCAUUCCCUCCCCCGAAACCGUCGACCCGCGCCAGCAGACCCUACUGCGAUUCUUCCAGCCCCGCGCGGAAGCAUUGUCGCCCUUCAGACCCUCCCGCGAAGCGCUUGCUGCUCGUGCCAAUGAGACGGCCAUGGACCAGGAAGAGAUUAUGCGCCGCCAGGCGUUUGCGCAGAUGAAUGUGGCUGGAAGCACGAGCGGAAGCGAGUCCACGAGCUCGAGCUUUUUCCGGACUGAGGCGGAUGUGGACAUGGAGAUGGAUGGCGAGGAGAGUAGCGAUGGCUCCAAUCCCGUCGCCAAGUGGGCAUUUUGGAACGGAGGUGCUUGA